GAUCGUGACUAGCGUAGAGCCGUAGACGCUCGAUAUGGGUGUCAGCGGACUGUUGCCGUUGCUCAAAGGUGCUUCGAAGCCUGCCCACAUCGCCGACUUCAAAGGCUCCGUGGCCGCCGUCGAUGGAUACUGUUGGCUUCACCGCGGGGCUUUCAGCUGUGCGGAGAAACUGGUCAUGGGAGAAAAGACGGAUUUGCAUAUAAAGUUCUGCAUGAAGAUGAUUAAUGCCCUGCAAGCGAACGGAGUGAGACCUGUGGUCGUGUUCGAUGGAAAAAGUCUCCCGUCGAAAGCAGACACCAACAAGAAGCGGGCCGAAUCAAAAAAAGAGAAUCUGACCAAAGCCAAAAUGCUCUUCGCUGAAGGCAAGACACUCGAAGCCAAACAACUCAUGAAACGAUGCGUCAACAUCACGCCAGAACUCGCUCAUCAACUCAUCUGUGAAUUGAGGAAACAUCGCAUCGAUUACGUAGUCGCACCCUAUGAAGCCGACGCUCAAUUGACAUUUCUGAAUCUGAACGGGUACGUGGACCUGAUCGUCUCCGAGGACUCAGAUCUUCUGUUGUUCGGUUGUGAGCGGGUCCUCUACAAGAUGGACGUGAACGGAUACGGAACGCUGGUGGAGAAGUCGAAAAUUCCCCAGUGUCUUGGGUCUGGCGGCACGACCCACUUUACGCACGACAAGUUUCGUUGGGCCUGUAUCCUCUCCGGAUGUGACUACUUGGAGAACCUACCGGGGAUAGGACUGAAGAAAACUCUCAAGUUCCUCAAACCCACUUCAAAUACCGACCCGUAUUCGCUACUGAGGAAAAUGCCGAAUUAUCUCAAAAUGCCUUCAGUGACCGUGACUGACGACUACAUCGAUCGUUUUGUCAAGGCUGACAACACGUUCUUGUAUCAGCUGGUCUUCUGUCCUGAAACGAAGAAACUGCGUCCACUGAAUCCGUAUCCCGAAGGUAUCGGAGGUGAAGACAUGCCCUACGCCGGCACCUACUACGAGGAAUCAUUAGUUAUUGACAUUGCUCUGAGCAAUAUCCAUAUUAAAACGCACCGACCCUUGGGAGAGAGAUUUUUCCCCCCAGACAACAUUAUCGUGCAUCGGAAACGAGCUGCGGAGGCUGUUAAGCCAGCGUCCAGCGUGUCUGCCUUCAGCUUCACUAAGAGAGCCAAUACAAAGAUCUCAAUCGAAACACAUGACGAUAUCGACGUGGAGGCCAAGGAGCGGGAAAUCGCCUCUGAAGUCAUUCAACUAUACGCCACAUCGGGGUCAGCUGCUGGAGAAGACAUUCCAAAGGAGUCAGAACCGGUGAAAUGCGAACGACGGUCUCUGCUAGACGAUCUCGAGAAGCAGGAGGGGUGCACAACGUCAUCGCCGAAUAUUUUCAAACGAAAAGUCACACCGACCGCUUUAGAAACGAAAAAAGCGCAGCCGACGGCGAAAAUCGACAGGAUAGUUAGCCGAUUCUUCGUCAGCAAUGUCGGUCCCCGGACUCAGGUGGUGGCAGUCAAAAGAAAAGCGGCUACGCAAGAAAAGGCCGGUGCAGCUAAGAAACAAGUUACACUUCGCGAUCUCUUCCAAACAACGUGA